AUGAGUGGACUGAGGUCUCCUGGGCUGCUGGGGCUGGUGCUCUUAAUGCUGUCGGCGGGAUAUUGCAAAGAGAAAACCGACUCCGCAGAUUUGAAGGACAGGCAAAGUCUCUUAAAUCUGAUCAUGGAGAUCAUUCAGGAACUGAAAAGGUACCACCUGGAGAAGGACAGUGGGGUGCAGUACUUCUCCAAGCAUGACUAUAACUUAGAUCGAAGGGAAGUGGCUGACUACGGAGGAUACCAGGAUGAGCAGAGAGUUGAAAUAGUUCCCAGAGAUCUGAGGAUGAAAGAUAAGUUCUUAAAGCAUUUAACAGGUCCACUCUACUUUAGCCCAAAAUGUAGUAAACACUUUCAUCGGCUUUAUCACAAUACAAGGGACUGCACCAUCCCAGCAUACUAUAAAAGAUGUGCCAGGCUUCUUACUCGGUUGGCAGUAAGCCCAAUGUGCAUGGAAGGAUAA